GAGGAAUAAGAGCGAGAGGAAACAAACAAAAUGGUGGUGGGGUUUCUUUAGGAUUUGCUGGGAGAUAGUGUUAGGCAGGCCCUUAUUGGUGGAAGGAGUAUAUUAUUGCUCAAGGAAGGAGGGAGGAGCUAGAACAACCAAAAGAGAAGAACACCAAAAGCAACAUAUACAAUCCAGUUCUUAUUAUUUUUUAAAUCUCCUCUCCCCCUGCUAACCCCUCUUUAGAAUCCCUGGGAUCAGCUCUGUCCCAGUUCUGGGUGGUCUCUGUCAGAAAAUAGCACCAAGAGGCAAGAACACUUGCUCUUGCUUCGUCUGAAAGCCAGUUCAUGCAGAGGACCAACUGGAGAGUUUGCUUUCUUUGAGCUGAUUUCUUGUUCGGUGUGGUUUAUGAAUUGAUCGAGUACCAAGCAGGCAAGCAAGUGUUUUUCGAAUUCUGGCUUGAUUUCUCUGAAAGUCUGAAGUCAAGAAGACCCCAGCUGAUAUUUCUGGUGUUUUAAUUUGUGUGAAGUCGAGUUUGGUUAGACCUUUUGCCCCCCCACUUUGAUAGGUACUGUCAAAGCCUUGGGAAUUGCGUUGCAGAAAGUGCAGUUAUCUGAAGUUUAUUCUCCCAGUAGGAAUUACUCAAGACAAAACCUGAACCUUCUCAACGUCGAUAUAAAAGGACCCUUCUGAUGACAGAGUACACCUUCUUCUGAGAGAGAAGAUGGCCACGUUCUUCUCCACCGACCAGAGGGGCCUCGCCGGCGGCGGCGGGGGCGGAGACAUGUCAUUCCACCACCACUACCCCAUGGCGCCGUCGUCCAACCCAUACCUGCAGGACGCCUCCACCGGCGGCCUGAUCCCGCUCCCGGCGACCAUCGCGCACAUUGCGCAGGACGAGCCGGCCGCGUUCAUGGGUUCCAGGGCCGACAACGGACAGCCGGCGGACAGCGGCAGCGCAACCGCCGACCUGCAGACGCAGCUGCUCAUGGGAGGCGACCUGCAGACGCAGCAGCGUCGUCUUCAUCACCAUCACCAGGGCGGCGGCGGUGGCGGGCUGUCGCUGAGCCUGGGCACGCAGGUGCCGGGGGUGUCCCUGUACCAGCAGCAGCAGUACCGGCCGGGCGCCAUGGCGAGCCCGAUGAGCCAGCCGGCGAUGGCCAUGGCCAUGGCCGCGAGGCAGCAGCAGGGGAGCGUGUACGUGCAAAAUUCGAGGUUCCUGAAGGCCGCCCGCGAGCUGCUCGACGAAGUGGUCAGCGUCCGCGACGCGAUCGUCGAGAGGAAGAAGAAGACGACGACGACCAAGGAGGAGGAGGAGUGCGACGCCGGGAGUAAGACGACCAAGGAGCAGGAAGAGAACUCCUCUUCGGGCCCCGAGCUGUCCCCGGCCGACAGGCAGGAGGUCCAGAACAAGGUCACGGCGCUCAUGGGCAUGCUCGACCAGGUGGACCGGAGGUACAGGCAGUACCAGAGGGAGAUGCAGGCGGUGGCGGCGUCGCUGGACGCGGUGGCGGGCGCCGGCGCGGCGAGGCCGUACACGGCGCUGGCGCUGCAAACCAUCUCCAGGCACUUCCGGUCGCUCAGGGACGCCAUCGGUGCCCAGGUGCAGUCGGCGCGCCGGAGCCUCGGGGAAGACCCUGCUGCUGCUGGAUCGUCGGGGCUGUCGAGGCUGCGGUACAUCGACCAGCACCUCCGGCAGCAGCGGGCCAUGCAGCAGUUCGGCGGCUUGAUGCAGCAGCCGCAGCACGCGUGGCGGCCCCAGCGUGGGCUCCCGGAGUCCGCCGUCUCCGUCCUCCGCGCCUGGCUCUUCGAGCACUUCCUCCACCCGUACCCGAAAGACUCGGAGAAGGUGAUGCUGGCGAGGCAGGCCGGCUUGUCCAGGGGUCAGGUGUCAAACUGGUUCAUCAACGCAAGGGUCCGGCUGUGGAAGCCGAUGGUGGAGGAGAUGUACAAGGAGGAGUUCGGGGCCGAGAUGGACUCCACCAACUCCUCCUCGGACCAGAAGCAGCAGGCCGGGGGAAAGGCCGACGACGACGACGACCAUGAGGACCGCGACGAGUUCCAGAGCCCUACAAGCGCCGCCGCGAGGCAAGCCCAGGCCCAGGCCCAGCUGAUGAUCAACAACCCCUACAAGCCGGAGCCCGUGGCCGCCAUGGAAGGCACGUACACGCUCCUGGGCCACCACCACGGGCCGGGCGGCGGCGGCGGCGGCCUGCUGGACGCGCUCGCGCACCACGGCGGCGGCGACGACGGCAGGUUCAUGGCGUACGGCGGCGGCGGAAGCGUGUCGCUGACGCUGGGCCUGCAGCACUGCAACAACAACAACAACAACAAUAACAGCAACAGCGGCAACAACAACAACAAUGGCGCCGAGCACGAGCAGCAGGGCUUGCUCUACGGCAACCCCGGCGACUUCGACUUCCUCAGCGACGACCGGCAGCGCUUCGGCUCCUCGUCCGCGGCGGCGGCGCAGCUGCUGCACGAUUUCGUCACGUAAUAGCGCAGCGCAACGCAGGCGGCGGCGGGCCGGGUAUACAUGGUACACGAUUUUACGUACAUAUACAUACAAAAUUAUACGGUACAACUGGACAGACUGGUUCGGUAUAAGUGGAGUAGGUUGUAUGAUUCAAGGUGUAUAUGAGCCGGGGGGGGGGGGGGGGGGGGGGUGUGGGGGGUGUAGCUUUUGCUGUAAAGAUGAUACAGUAGUAGAUUGGUAUUUUUGGCUUAGCCUGCACAGGUUUUUGCCGGCGCCGAUUGGUUGAUCCAUCAUUUUCCUGACACGAUAAUGAUUUGUUGAUCCAACUGGACCCCAGUUUCUUGAACUGUAUCCUUCUUUUAUGCUCCUAGACAUGCAGAUAAUUAAAAUCAUGCUUCUAGCGAUGUUUCCUAUA